AUGGCCGACCACGAGUUGUCCGAGUCCGAGAAGGCAAUUGAACGAUAUAAGGUGAAGAAGCUCAUCCAAAUGCUCGAGAGUGCUCGCGGUAUGGGCACAAGCGUCAUAAGCAUUUACAUGACCCCAAAGGAGCAGAUAUCUGGCAUGGUAACCAAACUGAACAACGAGUACGGAACGGCCUCCAACAUCAAAUCGCACACCAACAAGCUUAGCGUUCAAAGUGCCAUCACUGCCUCUCUCGGUAGGUUAAAGCAGUACAACCGACUCCCACCUAAUGGGCUCCUCCUCUACUGCGGUACCGUCCUCACGGCAGAAAACAAGGAGAAAAAACUUACACUUGAUAUUGAGCCUUUCAAGCCGGUUAGCCGGAGCCUAUACCUCUGUGACAACAAGUUCCACACCGAAGAGCUCCACCGCAUGCUGGAGUCUGAUGAGAAGUUUGGAUUCAUUGUUGUAGACGGUAGUGGCACAACCUAUGCAACUCUUUGUGGGAGUGUGAAGGAGAAGCUGAGUUCAUUCACCGUAGAGCUACCGAAAAAGCACGGAAGAGGUGGUCAAAGUAAAAAUCGUUUCGCACGUAUUCGUAUGGAAAGGCGCCACAACUACCUUCGCAAGGUGGCCGAAGGCGCCACGCAAUUAUUUAUAACAAACGACCGUCCAAAUAUCGUGGGGCUCGUGCUUGCCGGUUCUGCUGAGUUCAAGGAAGUGUUGUACCAGUCAGAUCUGUUUGAUCCGCGCCUGAAAGCGAUCGUGGUGAAGGUUGUAGAUGUUGCCCACCCGGGCGAUGUGGGCCUCAAUCAGGCCAUAGAUCUCGCGGCGGAUGCGCUGUCUGGAGUUAAGCUCGUACAAGAGAAGAAACUACUUCAGGGAUUCUUCGAUCAGAUCGCUUGUGAUACGCAGCUGUAUUGCUUUGGUGUUCAGGAUACCCUGAAGUGCUUGGAGGCGGGCGCGGUGGAAACACUUAUUGUGUAUGAAGACCUUAACAUUUACCGCUACACUGUUGUGAAGAAUCGCGGAGCAGACGAUGAGGAAACCUUCGUCCAUGUUAUGUCGGAGGAAGAAGCAAAGAGGUCUAAUAUACACAUGCAGGAGUCCGGGAAGACACGCAAUGAAAUUGAACAGGAAGACUUUGUCGACUGGCUCGCGACAAACUACCGCAAGUUUGGUUGCGCCUUGGAGUUGAUCACGAAUCGCAGCCAGGAGGGAACUCAAUUCGUCCGCGGUUUUGGAGGGAUUGGAGGUGUGUUGCGGUAUAAACUUGAUAUUAUUGCUUUGCGUGAUGUGGAGAAAAAAGAAGAUGAUGAGGAGCGCAUUGCAGCGAACAAUGAGGAGUUUGACUUCGACGACGACUUUAUGUAA